ACUUAUAGUUAUCUAUUAGUUCAAGAACUUACUCGAAGGUUAUCGAUGAUUCUACCUGUUGUGUCAAUUGUCAACGAACCACGUGUAAUCAGAUUGCAGGCGCGACGCAAAUUGAUUAGUAUUUUCUGGAAGAAAUGCGGGCCCCCGCGAUUGUAUAUAUACGCUGGAACCUUCGACGAGUCAUGUAUAAAAGCCGAUGUGCCUGACCCACAGAUAAGAUUUUUGACGAUCGCCGACUUUGCUCGCCGCUAUGGUUGUACCUGAGUGUUACUUACCGCCAUGGUUCCUUUGUGGCUGUGAUGUUGCCCUGCUAAGCACGAAGUCGUGGGAUCAAAACCCGGCCACGGUUGCCACAUUUCGAUGGGGGCGAAGUGCAAGAAAACCUGUGCAUUCAGCUUGAGACGCACGUUAAAGAACACGAGGUGAUCAAAAUUACUUAGCAGUCCCCCACUAUGGCUUGCCUCAUAAUCAGAUCGGGGUUUUGGCACGUGAAACCCCCUAAUAUUUUUUAGUGUUACAUGUUUUGCUAGGAUCAAGUUCACCCAAUAAAGAGUCAGUUACAUGGUCAGCACUUGUCGCCACUGUGUUUUUCACCGUCACUGCAACUUGGCAUUAUAGCAUGUCAGGCCAUCAAACAUGGUUAACGUCUCCAAUCUCUCCAUGAAGCAGACCUCUCUCUCCCAGGGACAACCCACGAAUGUAGGGAGAUGUACACAGUCGCAAAUCAAACAGGAUUUGUACAGAUGCACAAGCCAAUGGCGCUCGCUCAUUACUGCAACGUCAUUGCAGAGACAAACUUCUUUCAAUGUCGACGUCUCUCGGGAACUCUGGGCAGAAAUUAAUCUGGAGACCAAAACAUGGACGCACAUCAUAACACACUGUGCAAGUUUUGGAACGUCAAAUCCUCCAAUUACUUUUUUAAGGUUGUCAGGGAGCGACGCUUGUAAAGCAUUCCAUAUUUCCUGUCAUGAAGCUAAAUGCGACGUCUUUUGCUGCAAGUUACCAAAAUUCCACUGAGAAAACCAUAUUUCCAUCACAGGUACCGAGAACCUCAAGUUCGCCGUAAACGCGCUGCUGCCACAUUCAGAGCCCUGAAAGGUCAACAAGCAAAAUAGUUCUGACGGUAUUGUUUUUCACCCUUGGUAGCAGGCCAAUAUGACUACCAAAAUGUCUGGAAACCUCCGAUACAAUUCGCAGUCUUACGCUAAAAACGACGAAUUCCAGCGUAAAUUCAAUCUAAAAGCAGUGGACUUCUUUAACUUUGCUUUUGCACCGGCUAACACCGAGAGCCAGCAAUUCUUGGACAUAGGCUGUGGCACCGGAGGCUUCACCCGAGACUGGCUACUACCAAGAUGUCCGCCCUGUCGAAGACUCGUCGCGGUAGACGCGUCGGAAGAGAUGCUUUCGUACGCUCGCGAAAACAGCGCGCACCAAGAUAUCCAAUACGAUUACCUCAACAUCGGCGAUGACGUCAGCGACUUCAUUGAAAAGUACGGAAGAUUCGACCGCGUAUACUCUUUCUUUUGCCUCAACUGGCUCAAGGACCAGGCGCAGGCCAUUAAGAACGUGUCUCGGCUGAUGACGCCCGCUGGGGAGUGUCUCCUGCUUUUUCCCGCUGUGUCACCCACGAGGGCAUUGUGGAGGAAGAUGGCACAGCUCGAUCACUGGAAAAAGUUCUCGAACGUGUUCGAUGGGUUCACGCCCAAGAGCCAUGACUUGGAGGAUGACAUUGCCAGGCUGUCCUACAUGCGUGAGCUCCUUGAUUCUGCUGGCCUUAUGGCCAACACAUGUGAACUUCUGUACGACCGGGUUGAUUACGAAAAUCCUCAGGCGCACAUCGAUAUCCUGCUCUCCGUCAAUCCUGUGGGGGCCACGCUAUCGCCUCAAGAGAAUGAACUCCUCCGCUCGGAUGUCGCCAAGGAGGUUUUGAGAUGGAAGAGCGACAACGACUUAUCGGCACGGCCCUGCAUGUACCUCGUGCACGCGAGAAAACGAAACGAAUGACUGCAUUACAGGCGAACAAUGCAUUAAAGCUUCGUGCAUUGUGUUUUUGACUG